AUGUCGAUUGAUGUUAAAUUAGAUAUUGAUAAUCUUAUAACACGUUUACUUGAAGUACGUGAAUAUCAUGUAGAAAAAUUCGUUGAAAUCAGUGAGAAUGAAAUACAUAAAUUAUGUUUACAAGUACGUGAAUUAUUUCUGGAACAACCUGUUUUACUUGAACUUGAUGUACCAGUAAAAAUUUGUGGUGAUAUUCAUGGGCAAUAUGUUGAUCUACUACGUAUAUUUGAAUGUAGUGGAUAUCCACCAGAGUCUAAUUAUCUUUUUCUUGGUGAUUAUAUUGGUCGUGGAAAACAAUCAAUAGAAACAAUUUGUUUAUUAUUUGCUUAUAAGAUAAAAUAUCCUGAAAAUAUUUUUCUUCUUCGUGGAAAUCAUGAAUGUGCAUCGAUUAAUAGAAUUUAUGGAUUUUAUGAUGAAUGUAAACGUCGAUAUAAUAUAGAAUUAUGGAACAUAUUUAAUGAUUGUUUUAAUUGUUUACCUGUUGCUGCUAUUAUUGAUGAUAAAAUCUUUUGUUGUCAUGGAGGUUUAUCACCUGAUCUUCAACACAUGGGACAAAUUCGACGAAUUAAUCGUCCAAUAGAUGUACCCGAUACUGGAUUAUUAUGCGAUUUGUUAUGGUCUAGACCAGCCGAAGAUAUUGAAGGUUGGCAUGAAAAUGAUCGUGGUGUUUCAUUUAAAUUUGGUGCAGAUGUUGUAGAUAAAUUUUUACGUGAACAUAAUCUGGAUUUAAUAUGUCGAGCACAUGAUAUGGUAGAAGAUGGUUAUGAAUUUUUUGCUGAUCAUCAAUUAGUAACGAUAUUUUCAGCACCGAAUUAUUGUGGUGAAUUUAAUAAUGCUGCUGGAAUAAUGACAGAUCGAGAUCUAAAAUCAACUGUAUAUCGUAUACGUGGUUUAAUACCAGCAAAUAAUUACAUACAAUUUCCAUCUCACUCAUCAAAUCAAAAUCUUGGUCUAUUAGGUCGUUUAUUUUAUAUAUUAUUUCGACCUAUCUAUGAUAAAUAUUUUUGUAUACAUAUUGAUAUUCUUACACAUGAACAACAUCUUAUACAUAUAUCAUUAUCGAAUAUGUAUCGUGAAUUUAAAGUUACACAAACAUCUAUUCAAUUUCCAUAUAUGACAACAGGUACAGAUAUUCAUUGGUCUGUAUUAUGUUUAGAUUUACAUACAAUUUUAUCCACUUAUAUGACAAAUGAACAUUUUCAUAUGAUAAAAUUAUUUCAAUUAUCAGGAAAUAUGCUUGUUAAAAAUUGUUUUUCAUCACAAUUUUUAUAUGAACCUGGUAUUGAUAAUGAUACUGCUAAACGUACUGGUUUAACACGUGCUGGUAUAUGUUCAUUACCACGUGAAUUAUCUUAUCCAAUUACUAAAGGUGAAUCUUGGCAUGAUAGAUAUGAUUUUAUUAUGUUUCCAAAUAGCUCAUCAUUAAUGGGUAAAAAUCAAAAUGAACCAUUUGAUAAAGUUGGUAAUGUACGUUUACCAACACCAAGAAAAUUUGAAAUAGAUAAUGAAAAUUACAAUCAAAUUGAAGAUGAUGAAAUAUCACCAUUAACUGUUCAAACAACACUUGUUAAUGGACAAAUUAAUCGAUCAAUAACAGAUUUUGCUCAUAUUACACAUAGAUCUGCAUCACUUGGAGAUAAUCAACUCAACUGGCGUACAUAUGAUAAUCCAAUCGAAAAUUUCCCAUCAUUACCUAUUUUACCUCAUAAUAAUAAUAAUAAUGAUGGUAUCCAUCUAUUUAUCAAUCCACAAACAAUUCCUUCAUCAUCAUCAAUUAUUGAUGAUUCAAAUUAUGAUCUUGCUUUAACAACUGAACAUUCUCAGCAAUCUCAUCUUAAAACACUUCUACCUGAUCCAAUACUUCGAUUACGUACAGUAAUUGGUUUAGACAAUGAAUUUUCUAAUUUACUAUGGACACAAGAUGGUAACUAUAUACUUUAUUCAUCAAAUGCUGUUGUUGUUCAAAUGCAUGUUGAAACUCAACAACAAUGGUUUUUUAUUGGACAUACAGAUAGAAUCAGUGCUAUGGCAUAUAAUCAUAAUUCAUCAUUAUUAGCAACUAUACAAACAGGACAAAAUGCUAUUGUUCGUUUAUGGAAAUUUGACACUCGUCAUUGUAUAAAUGCUAGUCGUGUUUUAAAUACAUGUGAUUUAUAUGCAAUUGAUUUUAGUUCAGGAAAUUCAUCAUUAUCUUUACUUAUUGUUGGUCAUGAUGAACAAUCUCGUACAGUUAUUUGUAUAUAUAAUAUAUCAAAUGUAUAUAAAGGUUCUAUUGAAUUAAUAUCACGAGCAACCACUGAUGCAUCAAUAACACAUAUACGUUUUGUUCCGAAUAGUCUAAUGAAUUUUAUAUCAAUUGGUUAUGAUAAUAUACGUUUUUGGCAUAUAACAAAUGAAAAUGAUUUAAAAUCAAUAAAUAUAUUUGUAAAUAAUCAUGAUCAUUUUGAAUAUACUGAUUUACAAUUUGAUAAUUUAUGUCAUAAUAAAAUCAAUGAAUUAAUUGUUUAUAUUUCAACAAAAACUGGUCAUAUACUUGAAUUAUUAUAUGAAGAAAAACGUGUAAUUACAAUUCAUUAUUUAUCCGAUAAACUUAAAACAAAUAAAGAAUCUCUAUUUAGUAUAUCGAAAUUAGUAUGUACAGAUAAUUUUUGUAUAACAGGUUCAAAUGAUGGAUAUGUACGUGUAUGGUCAAGAGAUUUUACUCAAGUUUAUAUCGAAGCUAAAUAUGAUCAAACAAUUUCUGGUUUAAUCUUAUCAUCUGAUCAAACUCGUGUAUUAAUUUCUACAAUAUCUGGUUUACUUAAUAUAUUAAAUCUUAUAACUAAAGUACAUUCAAACUUAAUGCGUACACAUACGAAAUUUAUUACUGAUAUUGAUUAUGAUGAUACAAGAAAACAAAUGAUAAGUGUAGGACAAGAUGGAACUAUUCGAAUAUGGAAUUUUCGUACUGGUAAACAAUUAUCAGAAUUUACUUCUGAAAAAGAUAUACCAUUGAUAGUUGUAUAUACUCCCGAUCGACAAAUGUUCGCUUGUGGAUUUAAUAAUGGAACUAUAAAAAUAUUUGAUUUGAAUACAUCAAUUAUAUCUAAUGAAAUAAAACAUCAUAAUAUAAGUAUUACUGGUUUACUUUAUUCUCAUAAUGGAUUAUAUUUAAUCAGUUGUGAUGAAGAAGGUGAUCUUUGUUUAUCAGAUGUAACUGAUAAUUAUCGAUUGUUGAAAUCAAUUGGUAAAGCAUUAGUCAUAUCAAAACAAGGUCCAAUGCCACUUUCAUUAAGUCCAGAUGGUAAAUAUAUCGUUUAUAUUGGACCAACUGAAUUUAUAGUAACAAUUAUUGAAACAAAUACUCUCAAUCAAAUCUUACGAAUUGAUAUAAGUAGUUGUACAUUUAUGACAAAGGAUCAUCGAACAAUAAUAUCAUCGGAAUCAGCUGUAUUUGCACGUUUUACACCUAAUCGACAUCUUUUAGUUGCAACAAUAAAUAUGAAAUUACUUAAAUUUGAUUCCUAUACUGGAAAAUUAUUAAAUAUUAUUGAUAAUAUACAUAAACGUUCAUUUGAUAGUUUAGCAUUAUCUUCCGAUAGUCAAUAUCUUAUAACUAGUGGUGAUAAUAUGUUAAAAUUUUGGAAUGCUAAUAUGGAAUUAGAUAUUAAUUUUCAAAGUUUUGUUGGUCAUUCAAAUCAAGUACGAAAAAUACUCUUUACCGAUGAUAAUAUGCAUGUAAUAAGCAUCGGUGAUUCAAUAUUGGUUUGGGAUGUACUUGCAUGGAAAACAGAACAACCAAUAAUGCCAAAUAAUGCACAAUGUAUUGUUCCUCCACAAUCCGUAAUGACGAAAAUUCUUGAAAAUAUAACAGUUGAAACAAAAUCAAAUCGACCUGGAAUACUUCGUAAUUCUCAACAAACAAUUGAUAAUACUGUAACCAUUACACAAGGAGAAAAAAAAAUGAUUAAAAAUAAAUUACCAGCACAACGAUCUAGUAAUGAGGAUUCUCUCUCAUCACCUUCUAUUCAACGUCAUUUUAUUCCACGAAUUAAUCAUUCUCAUUUAGCAAAAAAACGAUAUGUAGCACCAACGAAUCAAGAAAGUCUUAAACUUCAAUCAAUUAUUGGUUAUAAUGGGAAUGGACGAGAAAAUCUUGUUUGGUAUCCAGAUACAAGUUUUUUUGCUUAUACUGUUGGUUGUAAUAUUAUUGUAGAAGAUCUUAAUAAUAAUCAUCAAACUAUUUUAACUGGUCAUACAGAAGAAAUCUCGACAAUGACAUUAUCAAAUAAUGGAAUGAUUUUAGCGAGUGCUCAAUGUUCACUAUCAAGAAAAAAAGAUGAAUUACAAUCAAAGAUUAUUAUUUGGGAUACAAAAAUACUUCGACAAAAAUUAUAUUUCAAUCAAUCUGUACAAGCUAUUCAAUCAAUGGCAUUUUCAAAAGAUGAUCGUUAUUUGAUUACAAUUGGUAAUUAUAAAAAACCAAUAGUUACACUUUGGUCAACGAAAAAUUAUUCUCAUUUACUUAAUUGGCAAGAUGAUUUUUCAUCCUAUUAUAUAAAUUGUGUUGCUUGGAAUUCAACACGUUCAAAUGAAUUUUGUCUUGGUGGAUCAAAUAGUACUAUUCGUAUUUGUACAAUAAAUGAACAAACAACAAAUGACGAUAAUAUAAGUUUACAAGUUAUAAAUGGAAAAAUCCCAUUAAUCGUCAAUGAAAGUACACAAAAAACAUGUGAUAUAACAGCAUGUAAUUAUUUAACAUCAAGUAUAAAUCUUGUUUUAUGUGCAACAAAUACUGGUUUUAUUACUUGUUGGAAUAGUCGAUUAUGUUUAUGUGUUCUUCAUUGGAAAGCAGAUCUAAAUGAAAUAACUUAUAUAGCAACAAUAAAAAAUAAACUAUUAACUGGAUCAUCAACAGGAUGUUUAAAAUUAUGGAAUAUUGAAAAUCUUGAAAUGAAUUUAGGACAAUUAAAUACAAUAGAUUCAAAUUAUGGUUUAAUAAUUCAAGAUGAAUUUCAAUUAGACGAUGGAAUAAUAAGUGGUUCAUUCGAUCAUAUAUUCGAUAUGGGAAUUGUUGGAACAUCAUGUGGAUCAUUAUGGUAUAUUUGUUGGACAACAGAUCGAUCAAAAACUCGUCUUGUUGUAUCACAUACAGAUAAAAUAAGUGGUUUAAUUCCUAUUGAAAAUACUCAUAUUGUUACAUCUAGUCACGAUGGUACAAUACGUAUAUUUCAAUUAGACGAUCGAAAUGAAAUUCUUCGUUUUAAUACAAAUGGAUUAAAAGUAACUUGUUUAACAUCAUGGAAUGAUUCGAUUGUACCAACAUUAAAAUUAUCUUAUUCAACAAGUCUUAUGAAAAAUAUUAAAUCAAAUAUAAAAUCAAUCAUCGCAGGAUAUGAUGAUGGAACAUUGAGAAUUUUUAAUCUUUUACAUGAACAAAUGAUACUUAAAUUACAACCACAUACAUGUUCAGUAACAGCAAUUCAUGUUCCUUUACAUACAACAAUAAGUCUUUCUGGUGCUCAAGAUGGUUCAGUUGCAAUAUCAAAUCUAGUACAAGGUCAACUUUUACGUGUGCUUAAUGAACAUCUUGGUUCAGCAUCAAUUUGUAGUAUUGAUUCGAAAAAAUAUUUCGAAAAUAAUUCUUAUCUAUGGUUAAUUACUAGUCAUGAUCGACGUGUUAGUUUAUGGAAAUCAAAUCAACAAUUUGAUCAAUGUUUAUUAAUUGAUUGGUUAACAUUUUCUGCAUCUGAUACAACGAAUAAUUGGCAAUCAUUACCACCAAGUUUAGCACGUUUUAUUGAUACAAAUUCAAUUCUAUAUACCGGUUAUGGUAUUAAUAAAUCUAUUCAAAUAUAUAAGAUUGAUACAAAACAAAUUAUUCGAACAAUCUCAUUGAGUCAAUGGUGUUUAUGUUUUGAUUUAUCAAAUCAUUUCAUCGCCAUUGGUACAAAUGAACGUUUAGUACAAUUAAAAGAUUAUACUCAGGAAACAUUUCAAGAUUUUAUUGGUAAUAAUGAUAUUAUAUCAAAUAUAAAAUUUAAUAAAUCAAAUGAUUUAUUAAUAACAACAUCAUCCAAUGAAAUAUUUAUUUGGAAAAUAGUUUUAAAUUAG